GGCUCGGUCACCUCUCCUAUGCUAUUUAAUGUAUACAUCGAUGAUUUAGAGGAUGAAAUCCCUGCAAACCUAACCGUCGAUACCUCGAAGUAUGCCGAUGACUGCACACUCGAUCAAGCAGUUGGAGUCGAGGAAAUAAGCCAUGUCCAUUUAACAGGCUCUAGACAUUAUCCAAAAUUG